GUCAUAUAUGGCUUCAUGAUACUAUCAGCGUGUUAUCGAGCGGCGGGUAUCAUACGAGUACGUGUCUCGCUUUGUUCGUCAUCCGUACAUGUAAAAUCUGCAUUAAAAAUGAGUUAUACACUAGGAUUCAUCUUCUCCGGGUCGAUUGUACUGGUGUUAUUCCGAUUUAGUCAUGUUGAGUGUGUAAGUAAGCUUAAAGUGUCACUAUACUACGGGUCAUACGACCCAAUGUCUAAAAAGUUUAUCAAGGAGCAGCUAUACCCUACAUAUGAAAAAUUACAGGAUUACCUGGAUAUAGAAAUUAUACCAUUCGGUAACGCGAGGAUGUCAAAGGAGGAUGGGAAGUACGACUUUGGAUGUAGGUUUGGACCCAAGGAAUGUUCCACUAAUGAGGUUCAUAGCUGCGUCGUUGACAUGCAUCCUGGAAUAAAGGCUUUGCAAUUUCUCAGGUGUAGUGCAAUGGAGCACGAUCCCUACAUAGUUAUACAAAAGUGUGCUGAAAACGCAACAAUUCCUUACCAAGAAAUUAAACAAUGUUACGACACAAGAGGAAGUCAACUCCUAGUAGCAAAUGGUGUGAAGUCUUUGGAAGUUGGAUACACUUUCAUUCCAGCUAUCGUAUUCAACGAUAAGUAUGAUCCAAAAGAGAGUAUAUUAGGUCAAACUAAUAUGUUUGUGUAUGUAUGUACAUUGUUCGAAACUCCACCUGAGAUCUGUGCAUCUAAGUUGUAUAGACGAUAAAGAGGAAUGUUGUUUUUUCAUCUAUAGUACUUUGACUGAUGUUACAUAACCAAUCCCUCACAAAUUUGACUCA